AUGGCUAUAAACGUCGGAAUCCUUACUGUGAGCGACCGUGUAUCAAAAGGACAAGCAGAAGAUCUCUCUGCUCCAGCAUUACGAGCACGUGUUGAAUCAUGGCCUGAUUAUACAGUUACCCAAUUGGCUACCGUGUCUGAUUCGGUGCUUGAAAUUCAACGAGUCAUCAAAGACUGGACUGACAAGACAAGAGAAGAUGCUGGUGUGCAUUUGAUAUUAUCUACUGGUGGAACUGGGUUUGGAGUACGUGAUGUUACUCCUGAGGCAGUCAAAGUACUACUAGACAAGGAAGCUCCCGGUCUAGUACACGCCAUGAUCUCAACAUCUUUAACAAUAACGCCACUCGCAAUGCUAUCACGUCCCAUAGCAGGAAUUCGUAAAAACACUAUAAUAAUCACACUACCAGGAAGUCCCAAAGGAUGCGUCGAGAACCUGGAUGCCGUGAAGCCAGCAUUGUCACAUGCAAUAGAAUUGGCGCGUGGUGGCGGAGGUGAUGCUACUCAUCGUACCAUGUUGGCUGGAUUUAGUAUCAAGGGCAAAACCGAACGUGAUGCUUCAUCAUCAUUAUCAUCAUCAUCACAUUCUCAUUCUCACGAUCAUGGUCAUGGACAUUCACACGAUCGCCAUCAUGAUCACCAUAUGUCAAUGGAUCCAUCUGAACCUGUAACGUUACGACCACGGGAAUCACCAUAUCCUAUGAUUAGUUUCUUGGAUGCUGUCAAAAUUGUAAAGUCACAUACGAGGCUGCUGGAUACCUUGACUAGACCUGUGAAUCCGGAUUUGGUUGGAUAUGUGUUGGCCCAAGAUGUGUUUGCUAAAGAGGCUGUUCCUGGAUAUCGGGCAUCAAUUGUGGAUGGAUAUGCCGUAAUAGCAUCUGACGGACGAGGCUCCUAUCCAGUAGUAUCCACAUCAACAGCGUCCGCAUCAACCGAAGAAGCAAAACCACUACAAUCAGGUCAAAUAGCUCGUAUCACGACCGGUGCACCAGUACCACCAGGUGCAGAUGCAGUAGUUAUGGUGGAAUAUACUACCCUGGACAAGGUCUCUGAUGAUGGCAAAACAGAGCAAGUCGUGACCAUUACUUCUCAAGCAAAUGUUGGGCAAGAGAUUAGAGAAAUAGGAUCUGAUAUGAAGAUAGGAGAACGCGUGUUGGCUAAAGGAGAAUUGGUUACUGCUGUGGGUGGUGAAAUUGGUGUAGCUGCUUCUGUUGGUGUUCAAGACGUUCUUGUAUAUCGUAAACCAAUAGUCGCAGUUCUGUCAUCAGGCAAUGAAGUUGUAGAGCACAAUCAUGCUGGUGAUUUGUCAUAUGGAUCUAUACGAGAUACGAAUCGGCCUACUCUUAUUGCUGCUAUACGAGCUGCUGGAUUUGAGGUGUUGGAUUUGGGUAUUGCUACAGAUGAUCCACAAGAACUGGCAAAUACAAUACAAAAUGGUCUUGAGAAGGCGGAAGUGCUGAUAUCAACGGGUGGUGUAUCUAUGGGAGAAUUAGACCUGUUGAAACCUGUUUUGGAACGUCAAUUGGGUGCUACCAUACAUUUUGGACGAGUGGCUCUCAAACCAGGCAAACCAACUACGUUUGCUACCAUGCCUGGGAAGACAGGUCAGGAUCCGGAAAAGCUAAUUUUCGCAUUGCCUGGCAAUCCCGUUUCUGCCAUUGUGACAUUCUACCUGUUUGUAUUGCCAAGUUUACGUCUCAUGGCAGGUUACCCAUCUUCUGAUCUCCCCAUUGUUCGUGCUGUGAUAUCCGAGAAAUUCCCAUUGGAUCCACGGCCUGAAUUUGUACGAGCUGUAUUAACAGCCACACCUUCAUCUACGUCUAAAGAGAGUGUGACUAUUGCAGCCGUGACUACUGGGAUGCAACGAUCAUCGCGUAUCAUGAGUGUGAAGGCAGCAAAUGGAUUGUUGAAGUUGCCUGGAAGGACAAAAGAGAAGUCACAUGCUUCGCCUGGUGAUGUUGUGGAAGCUAUUGUAAUUGGCGAGAUUUCAUUUCGCGAAUAG